AUGAAUUCGUAUACUAUUAAAAAAUCUUCACAUCUAAUAAAUGCCCAAGACUUAUAAAAAUUUAAAAAUUAGGCUGAUCAAAUCAAAAAGGAUUUUAAAAAACUAAUAGAAAUGAUCGAUCAAGAAUUAAAAAGAUUUUCUAACUUUUCUAACUUUUUAGAUGAAAUGUAGAAGAUGAUUGAUAAUUAUUAAUUAAAUUCCUAAGACAAUUUAUUUCCAAUAAGUUCUGAACAACUAAGCAAUGAAUUAAAUUCAUUAAUUAAAUUCAUAGAUAAUCAAAAAAAUGUUAUUAAUAUAUAAAUAGAAAAGAAUCAGGUAUUCAACUAAUUUGUUGAGAGUAUGUAAAUAAAUAAGAAUGAAAUCAAAUAAUUUAGAUAUGAACUUUAGAAUUAAACUUAACUUGAUGAAUAACAUUGUUAUGCAAUGGAUUUUAAUAAGGAUGCAACAUAUUUAGCAGCAGGAUUUAUAAAUGGCGAUAUAAAGGUUUAUAACUUUAAUUCAGAAAGGUUAUAGUUAAUUUAACAAUUAAAUGCACAUAAUGAUUCUAUUUAUUGCAUAGUUUUUAUGAAGAAAUCAAAUUAAUUUAUCUCAGGAGGUGGUGAUGAGAAUAUUAUCAUUUGGGAAAUAAAAAAUUCUGAAAUAUUGAAUGUAAAAAAAAAAUUUUAAAAAGAUCUUAAUCAGAUUUUUUGUAUAAUUACAAAUAUUAAAGAAGAUGAAUUUAUUAGUGGAAGUCAUAAUGGGUUUAUUUAAUUUUGGAAAAUUAAUGAGGAUUAAUACUUCUAAACUUUAGAAGAUCAUAAAGAUAGAGUAUUGAGUUUAAGCUUAAAUUAAUCUUAAAAUUAUUUAAUUUCUUGUGCAUGUGAUAGAAAGGUAUUAGUGAGCUUAUUUGAAAAUAAUUAAACUUGGAAAGUUACCUAAUCAAUUUUAUUAGAUAAUAUUCCAAGAAGAUUAUGUUUUAUAAAUGAUAUUACAUUUACUAUUCAAUGUGAUACAUAAAAAUGUCUAGAUAUUUAUCAAUUAUUAGAAAAUGAAAAAAGGUUUAAAAAAACUCAAGAAAUUAAAGUCAAAGGAGAAUAAGAUUGUUUUUUUGGUUUUCCAUAAAAAUUUAUAUCUUCAAAAUAAUAAUUAUUAAGCAAGAAUGGUAAUUAAGUUAACUUUCUUAUAAUAAAUAAAAAAAACUAAUUUACAUUAUUUCAUUCUAUUGAUUUUUUAACUGGUCAACUUUGGGGAACCAUAAGUGAUGAUGGGCAAUAUGUCGCAACUUGGGAUAAUAUAUCAUGUUAAAUUUAAAUUAGAAAAUAUAUUGAAUGA